CAACCUUCGCUUUGGAAGCGAUUAACCAUUCCGACGACAAGCACAUUUGAGGUCGACCAAUUCAGUCAAGAUGGGUCGCUUCCAAGAAUACCAGGUCAUUGGCCGCCACCUGCCCACCGACAGCAACCCCACCCCUAAACUGUACCGGAUGAGAAUCUUCGCUCCCAAUGAAGUUGUCGCCAAAUCUCGAUUCUGGUAUUUCCUGCAAAAGCUGCGAAAGGUCAAGAAGACCACCGGCGAGAUUGUGUCGUUGAACGUCAUCCACGAGAAACGCCCUCUCAAGGUCAAGAACUUUGGUAUCUGGCUUCGUUAUGAUUCCCGCUCCGGCACCCACAACAUGUACAAGGAGUACCGAGAACUCAGCCGUACCGAUGCCGUCGAGGCUUUGUAUCAGGACAUGGCCGCCAGACAUCGUGCUCGAUUCAGGAGUGUCCACAUCCUCAAGGUUGUCGAACUCGCCUCGGAAAACGAUGUCAAGCGACCAUACAUCAAGCAGUUGAUCUCCAAGAACCUCAAAUUCCCUCUUCCUCACCGUGUCACCAGCAACAAGAAGCUGUUCACGCCUGUCCGACCCAGCACCUUUGCUUAAAAGACGAGAAAUGGAUAAUAAUCCUUGGUAUCUGGCCAGUUGUGACUUGUGACUGGGACUGGUGUGAUGGUGUCGUUGACUGAGUGUGAAAAUUGGUGGUGGCCAAAGUGGGUGAAUUGACAAUGACUUGAAGAAAGAAGCAUGUGUCCAUGGUCUGAUCUGAUCUCAUCUGAUCGGGUCUGUCCUGACCUGAUUUAAUAUCUGACAUCUUGCGGAUGUUGGAUGGUGAAAUGAGGAUGGAUGGGUGGAUGGAGAGAGAGGUUUCACGAUAGAAAAGGGGAUGCGAUGCGAGGCAAAUGAAGUACACUUAACCUGGUGAUCCAGCAAGGAAGAGGUACUCCACCACACGGCUAAGAUCAUGCAAUGCAAGCAGUCAGUCAAGUCAAUCAACUCAGGAUUCAGACAAGAUGAUCAUCAAUGAAAUUGAUUUUGACUCAUUAAAGAAAGAAAUCCUGCAUAGAUCGUGGCUCCUAUUUUUUUUUUUGCGAGCGAAGGAGUGAUU